AUGUUGGUCGUCGUCGCUGGGGCAGGCAAUUUAGGGCAACACCUCAUUGAGUUUUUCGAUAAACAGCAAGUCAGUCUUAUUCUCAUUGAAGAAAAUGAACAACGACUUGCACGAAUUAAGUCUCAACAUGACAUCAUGGUGGUGAAAGGGGACAUGCUCUCACACUAUGUCCUGCGACGAGCUAAUGUUGCUGCUUGCGACCUCUUUAUAGCAUGCAGUGGUAUUGAUAGUUCAAAUAUUGUCUCCUCACAGUUGGCUAAGAGGUUAGGAGCAAGGUAUUCCGUUGCCCGAAUUUAUUCGGAAAAUAUCUUCCCAUUUGAGAAUAACGAUUUGGAAGAAUACUUUGGUGUUGAUUGGCUUGUAUCACCAAGUCUUCUAACGGGUUAUCGUUUAGCGAACCAGUUUUUCGAAGAAGAAGCCUUUUCAUUUGAUAAUUAUUUUAGUGCUCAAAUCAAUGUUUUCCGUAUUCGAAUUUCGAGUGAAUCAGCUUGUCUAAAAAAAACACCAGAAAAAAUUUUAAAAUCCUUUAAAAGCAAUGGCACUCAAUUAGUUGCUAUUUAUAGAAAUGGUAACACCAUUGAUCCUUUUUCUCAAAAAGAUUGGUCCUUUAAGGAAGGGGACCAUGUGAUUCUUAUGAGUAAGCGAAGAGAUGACUUUGAUUUCUUUAAAGACUUCUAUACCAGCAAGUACUUAAACCAAAAAAUCUAUAUUGCUGGUGUCUCCCCUACUAUUUUCACGAUGUUAUCUAUUAUGGUGACGAAAAAUGACCAAUCAAAAGUUACCAUUUUUGAAAACGAUUUGGAUACUUGCAAAAGUAUCAUGGAGAAAUACAAUGUGAAGACCAUCAAUCUUGAUCCCGCCGACUUUGAUGAGAUAAAGAAACUGGAACCCGAUUUGGGAGGAAUCUUCAUCUGUGCGAGCGAGAAUGAUGCUAACAAUCUAACUUAUGCCCUCAAUGCCCAACAAAUGGGAUUCAAAUACAUUGUUCCACUGGUCAAUGAAUUCGAUAAAAUGGGAUUGUUCAAGUACUUUCCUUCUUUCAAGAUUCUUUCUCCCCCCGAGUUGUCUGCUAUAGAGAUCCAUCGCUAUUUUAAUCAAGAAAUACUCUCUAAUUUUGAACUUGUUAGAGGAAGCCAUAUUCGAGCCGUAGUUAAAACCGUAGAGAAAAACUCAAAAUGGCUUGGUAAAAAUCUUAAAGAACUAACAAAUGAACCUUUCUUUAGGGUGCUUUGUACUUGGAAAGAAGAAGGGCUUGAAAUUUAUCAUCCUGGCGAUGAUGUCAUAGUUAAUGAAGGAAAUAAGCUGCUAGUGGCAUCCUUUAGCGGAGAAAAAGAUGAUUCCCUUCAAAAAAUCCUUUCGGUUUAA